AUCAAAAUGACUGAACUCACUCUGAUGUGUUUUAGGGUCAUAAAGUCUAAAGUCUGAUGUCGAUUCACUGUGUAGGUGUUAGUCAUAUAUACUGAAUUGCAGCUACUGUAAAACUUUAGGAUCAAAGAUGAAAAACUGUAAUAUAGCCUUAAAUUAUUAUUUUCUUUUUUGUAAAACAUGUCUUGUUUAAUUUUAUAUUUUUCUGAGCAAAAAAGAAUGAAUAUACUUUUUUUUUUUUUUUUACCAUGACACCCAUUAAAAUGUCAUUCAGUGUAAUAAUAUUUAUGUAUCAGAAAAUCGUUUUGGGCAUAUUUAAAACAGGAAUCAUUUGAUGACAUAUUAAAAUCCUCUAUGUAAGGAUCACAGUGCAUCCCUCAAACACUAAUUAAUUGUAAUUUUUAAAUCUUUAUACUUCAAUAAUAUCCUUCAAUAUAGAAUCAUGAAACAACCUUUAUCACAUCACAGACUUUUUGAGAGCACAACCAUCUCAACCAUCAGACAUAAAUCCUGACAGAGUUGACAAAAUUGAAUUUUGUUUUUCCACUUUAACCACCUGUUGGACAGUGGAGCAAUUUUGUUUUCUCUCUCAGUUGUAGCUGCCUUCAUAAACAUAUUAAAAAUGCCAAGAUUGUCUGGAGCCUAGUGGUUAGUGCACCAACAUGGCGCAAAUGCAUUCAUGGAGACCUGAGUUUAAUUCCCGUCUCAAGGUCCUUUGCCAAUCCUGCCCCCCUCUCUCUGCCCAAUGCUUUCCUGUCUGCUCUCUACUGUCCUCUCCAAAUAAAGGAACAAAAAAGGCCAUAAAUAUAACUUAAAAAAAAAAAAAAAAAAAAAGCCAAGAUUUAUCCCACAACUAUUUACAGAAACUAUUACACCUGCCUGAACACAAGUGUUACAGAGAAUCAGACCACGGACGACCGGGCAAAAUUUGUCAUCUGCGCCAUCUCUGAGGACACCCUGUCUGGAUGUCGAGCAACCACCAGCAGCGCCUGUCAAGGAGGAUCCCUUUGUUCCAUCUCGGCUCCGCCCUGGCUCCUCCAGAGACUCUUGUCCGAGUGACUCUACCAGGUUCCCCCAUCCCGCCGGCUCCCCUUUGGUCUAUCGUCGCGCUGCCUACGCCACGGACAUCCAGGCCAUCCAUUGUGCUUUGUUCCUCCCCUAUGGCUACAGUGAGCUCCUUCCUCCCUCUGGGAUCACCUCUGUCCUCGGUCUCAUCAGUGUCAUCCCUGUCCUUAGGUACUCUGGCUCCGCCUAUGACGCUCGUCACGUGACAUCACCUGGGUCUCCUGCAUCAACGAUGUCGCUCAUUUUUGGGUCAACUACCACUUUAAGGAAGUUGGUUUAAGUAAACCUAUACAUUUCUUGCAAUUCUUUUUUUAAACCUUGAUGCCUUCCUUGAACUUUAACUGGCAAGUAAAUUAUGUAAGCUGAUGUUUCUUUUUCAAGAAAUGUCUACUUCUGUUAAACUUUAAUUUUCUCAUGAGAUCCUCCUCUUUUGAUAAGCUAUAAAAAUGAGCACUGAAACAGAUGUUAUUUCAUUCUCCUCCUGAUCAAAGAUGGAUCUGCAAAUCUCAGUUUUUCUUCUCUUCAUUCUUUUCACUGCAGGUACAAAUAAACAAUAAUGUUUUCUUUCUUUUUUUCAUUGGAUCUCUCUCUCACUUGUCUCUGUUUUAUUACUAAAGGACACUCUCUCAGCUGUUAUGAGUGCAAUGGUCUGACGGGUUCUUGUGUAGAUCAAAUGGAACUAACAUGUCCUAGUGGAUCUACUCACUGUGAGAGUUUAACAGCAGUGACACAAAUUGGUCACAUUACUUCUGAAGAGAAGCGUAAAGGAUGUGUUUCUGCCUGUCAAAAUGGGUCCAUAAACUUAGGCCUUGCCAGGAUGACUACUACCUGCUGUAACACAGACCUGUGUAACCUCCAAGACGCUCCAGAUCCCUCUAAUGUCCCAAAUGGAAAGAAAUGUUACUAUUGUGAUGGACUGACAUGCUCAAACACAUUGAGCUGUUCAGGAGAUGACGACCGCUGCAUCACUGCAAGAGUGGCUUCUGGAGGCCCGCCAGCAGUGGUAAAAGGCUGUGUCUCUAAAUCCUUUUGUGGUGCCACAACAUCAGUUAGAAAUGUUGAGAGCUUCUCAUGUUGUGAGGGGGACCUGUGUAACGGUGCUCAGAGUGUCUCCCAGAGCUUCCUGUUCCUCUGCUGUUCUCUGCUCUCCUACUUCCUGCUGCACUGAAUCCAGCAGCUCUUCAUCCUACAAUAAUACAUAUAUCAAAUCAUCUAUCAGAGGAAAAUAUUAGAAUUAUUUCUUUAUUGAUUCAAUAAAUAAAUCAUCUGUUUAUUUUUUGUAUUGAAUUUGUAAAACAAUAAUUGUGUUCUCAAUAUAAGGAUUUUCCUGUGCAGUUAAAGAUCACAAAAGCAACAAGAGUCUUGUCUUUGAUAACAGGAGUGAGCAAGUUUUUAAUGUGAACAGAGUCCAUAGAAGCAAACAAUGUCUUUCUUUUGUUCCAUUGAAUAAACAUUGUCUUAAAUCCACUUCCUGUGUCUCUCAUUCCUUGAUGCUGAUGAUACAUAAUAAAAAAUAAAAAAGGUAAUUGCGACUUUUUAAUCUCACAAUUCUGAUUUUCUUUAUCUCAGAAUUGCAUGUAAUAAAGUUGCAAUUGUGAGUUAUAAAGUCAGAAUUGCGAGAUAUAAACUAAAUAUAAAAUAUAAAAAGUUUAUUCUGACUUGUUUUCUCAGAAAAAAGAUGCAAUUGUCUUUUUAAAUGUUUUAUUCUGUGGGAAACAACCAUCCAUAAUAAUACACCUUCUUACACACUACCCUGUAGAGCGGUGAAAAAC